UAUUCUGUACAUUUUCCUCUGUGUUUUCAUGAAAUGGUCAUGCUGUACUCGGCCAUCCCUGGGCUGGUUAUCUAAUAGUCAUGUGCAUCCUUGUGUAUAAGUCUACAUGAUGCCAUCGCAGACAGUCUGGAGACUCCAUGAUUGUUUCCCAGAAUAAUGCCAGAAAUUGUUUUAAAAUGUCCACAAUAACUCUGUUUUUAGUUUGUUGCUUUGUGGUCUGGGUUGAUUCAUCAGCAAUCUUUCAAUUGCUAAAUUAUGUCCUAUAAUUAAAUGGCUCUCAGCCUGUUUUGGUGGAUGAACAAUAAACUACUAUAGCAGAUGUUCUUCUUCUUCAUCAUGCAAACUAAUUGUGACUGACUCAAGAGUGCCCCUGCUGGUUGUAGUAAUUAUUAUGCUUCUCAUGCUUCAAUACAGUACAGUCGCCCCUUGUUUAUUGUUUAAUAUGCUGGCUCUAGACCCGACCGCGAUCAGUGAAGUUUUGCGAAGUAAGAUUCAAUAUUAAUAAAUUGACUGUUUUCAUACAGUUGUUAGAGCAUAGAAAACCUGUUUAUCUGGCCUUCUAAAUAGAGUUUUUAUAAUUAUUAGAGCCCUGUAGACAUCAAAUAACACCCCUAUGGUCACCAUUAUAGCUGUAUUACUCAUUAUACUAGACAUAAUAACAGACAAUAAGCCAUUUUAGACAUGAAUAAGAUAACACAGACGAACCCUAACAAAAAACGUGAAUUUCUUUUGGAGAUAAUAAAAUAUCUAUCAUUGACCGUGUGUAUUUCCUGCAGUGGCUCAUCAAUGUAAUGUUACUGACAACCAUAGACCAGUGUAGAAUACAACACUACUGAUGCUGUCUGUGGCUAAGGUUUAUGUUUGAAAAUGCUUGAUUUAGGCCAUGCAUAUGGACAAUUUGCUUAAAUAUGUACAUAUAUUUGUACUAAUAACAGGCAAUAUUGAACCUAAAAACAGCGAUCAUUUAUUAAUGAAUUUGGGAAAAAACGCGAUAGAGUGAGGGGCGUGAUAAUGUGAUGAUAAAAAUAAAUUCCGUGCUAUAGCAAGUUUAUUAAUUUACCCAUCCCUCAUCACUUCAUUCAAAGUUUCGAUUAGUGACCGUUUCGCCUCAAAACGCCAUUCUGUUUGCUAACUUUGUUUUUCAGUCAGACUGAUUAAGGUCAAAGAUGCCCUAGUUUUAAAAUCCCACCCUUUUCCCCACCACACUGGGAUUAUUAUGUGACAAACAAAGGUGGCUAAUUAGGCUUAGCAUAGUCACCCCUUGACCAUUUAUGGCUCCUUAGCUUGACCUUUACAGAGGACGGGAAGGGGCAAUCUGGGCCACAGAGGCUUAUCUACACAGCAAGUUGCAUGUUUGCACCGUAUAGAAUAGAAUAUAUUUAGGUACAGUGACACCCUCACACUGCUGCUUUUGUACCCUUGACACUUACAUUUUCGAGCUUGGGAUGUUUUUGGCUGCAGAAAAGGUACAACGUGGAGUCCAGUAACGAUCGUUAUACCUUGAUUGACACUAAUGACCCCUACUGUACCAACCCAUCAGGACCCUUGAUAUUGUUUUCUGAGGUCAGGUAGUUCAAACUGAUUUACAGAGCGUCUGCACUACCACCGAAGCCAUGAUGUAAUCUCCAUUAGUCGGCCUUUUGUGUGUUUUUGGAAGAAGGUCAUCACUAACGGCUUGCACUGGGCACCUCGCCAAGCGGGACCCGCUUCAGUUUAAAGGACGUCGCACCUCUUCUCCAUCUGUUAUCCUCUGCUGACUGAGUCCAGCAACUGCCUGAUGACAUCACCUAUAGGGAGGGAAAGUAGAAUAAACAAUCACGGCAACGCGCUCAACAGUGAAAAGGAAAGUCACGACGAGAGCCAUCGUGGGGAAGCUCUUGGCUUGGUUGAGUAAUGACUUCAUUAAAACCAUAGACUGUGAAAGGGCAGGUUCUGUCACGUGUCUAAACAUUUUUAUAGUCAAAACCAACCAAACGAGUCACUUUUAAAGAAUUUUUGUGUCAAUUCAGUUUUCAGAUGAUAUUGUCACACCGGAAGUACUGUAUUGUGUAUGGUUCUGAGCUGUAAUUCAGGGGUUGGUCUAUAGGGGGCAGUGGCAUUUUUCUGCUAUUGAGAGCCAGCCCAAGGGAGAAGAAGAGUUGCAUUGCCGCUUUGGCCUCUUUAAAGUUCCAAGUACGGCACACAGUGCUGUUUGCAGACUAAUUAUUGUCAUCCCGCUGACAUUAUAACAUUGUAGACCUGCAAUUUAAGUGACUCAAUGAUUAAUUGAGUUUAUACAAUUAAUCUGUUUUGGCAUUUGAUCAUUUUUGGACUUAAAGAUGUCAAUAUGCUCUGAUUUCAGCCUCUCAUAUAAUGAAGAAGUGAAUCAUCUGUGAUCGCAGUCAUGGCUGUCCAGACUGGCAUCCAGGUAUGGUUUGGAGAGAAGUUUGACGCCCCCUUGCUGAGCCCACGGAGUCCUCGCAGCCCGUUGGUACAACGGCAUGGCCCGGGACUCGCUGAUGUCUUCCAAUACGACCAGUGGCUGGCGGUGCGACAUGAAGCCACCCUGGUGCCCAUGCAGGAGGACCUUGCCAUAUGGCUCACAGGCAUGCUGGAAGAGGAGGUGAGAGCCGAGUUCUUCAUGGAAGAGCUUAACAACGGCGUGAAGCUCUGCCAGCUUAUCGGCGCCCUGCAGUCUAAAAUCGCCCAGAGUUGCCCCUCCGCGCUGAGCAAACUGUUUCCCAUGAGGAAGGUCGCCUGUAAACGCGAUGCUUCUCCGGGUUCAUUCUUCGCUCGUGACAACACAGCCAACUUCCUGGCCUGGUGUCGGCACAUCGGCGUGGAGGAGACGUACCUCUUUGAGUCUGAGGGUCUCGUGCUGCAUAAGGAGCCGCGGCAGGUUUGUCUCUGUCUGUUGGAAAUUGGACGCAUCGUCUCCAAGUACGGCGUGGAGCCCCCUGUGCUGGUGAAGCUGGAGAAGGAGAUUGAGCUGGAAGAGACCUUGCUGUUGACCGAGGAGCCUCCUCCAGCGGUUAAGACCUUCAGUGUGUGCUGCCAACAUGGCGGCCUUUACCAGUCUGGGGAGCAUGGAGUGGACGAGCCGCCUUGCAACUGCUCCAACAGGGUGUCCAUUGAGUACCUGUCAGAGGGUCGCUACCGACUUGGGGACAAGACCAUCUUUAUUCGAAUGCUGCAUGGCAAACAUGUGAUGGUGCGUGUCGGUGGCGGCUGGGACACGCUGCGUGGUUUCCUCACCAAGUAUGACCCGCUGCGUGUGCUGCAGUUCACCACUCUGGAGCAGAAGAUUCUGGCCUUCCAGAAAGGUCCGCCCGGCUUGGGGGGUCACCACAGCACCACAGCGCCACCUCCUGACAUGGACCCCCUGGCGGCUGUCAACGACCUCAUCUCCUCAUCUGAUUCCUCCUCCGCUUCAUCAUCGUCUUCCUCGUCCAGCACGGUCUGCAAGCCGACCGCCCCGGGUCAGACGUGUCGGUCCUACACAGCCUCUCCUGCCUGUACGCCCACUUUACCCAGGAAGGCGACCAAGAAGAAUCUCCAGAUGACACCUCCCGCCCUCAGGAAGCCCACCCAGCUGCCCCUGCCUGUCACCACCAAAGGCUCCUCCUCGUUGCCGUCUACGCCUGUGGGCGGCUCUAAGCAGCCUCCCACUUCAGGUGUGCAGGUCCAACGUAGAGCUGUGACACCAUCCUCAACGCCGGACCUGUCCACGGCAUCCAAACUGAGGGUUAGACCAUCCCCUCGGACCGCCGCCUCCCACCCCAGGAGUCCAGUUUGCCCCGAGCCAUCUUCUAAAUGUCCCAAACCAUCCAGUCCCUGCACCUCCCCCACCGCUCCACCUAUGCCUCGCCCCACCACUGCCCCCAACCCAAAAGAUGUCCGACCCCCGACGGGUGCCGGCCAGCGCUCUCGCCUUGCACAACGUCGUCCCGGAUCCCCUGCCUCGCGCCUCCGUCUCGAGACGGCGAGGCGGGUGCGAGCAGCGGCACGUGCCGCAGCAGCCCCAACAUCCAGGGCGGCGACACCAACUCCUCAAAUUCGCCCGGCCAAUCCACCCUCCCCUGUCAGGCCAAAACCUGCCUCCCCCCUGCCCGUUAAAGACACCGCAGCCAAAGCCAAGGGGCAAGCCACAAUUAAGGCUGCCGCCCCCCUUCCAUGUGGCCCCACUGUCCCUGGGCGGGUCCCCAGGGGCAACGCAGGCCCCUUCCCCCACAGCAAUCAGAAAGCUUCCGCCACAACACAGAAGGUGCUGCAGAAACCCUUGGCUUCCACCAACCACGUCAGAUCUGAGCUCACUCAGACGCAGGCGGUCGCCACCCACAAGACAACCCCCAAUGUCAAAACGAAAGCCGAGCCCUCCACCAUUAGGAAGAUCCCUCAGUAUAGAGGCAAACGUGAGGACCCUUAUUUUGAAAUGAACAUCAGGAGAAGGCAGAAGACGUGAUGGGAGGGGCAAAAUCCAAUCCAGCACUUGUUUGAGCACUUUUUCAACACCUUUAAUGCUCAUCAGACCUUCUCUACUGUGGAUCUUAAUGAAUAUUUAACAGUCUUUUAUUUUUUAAUCCAAAAGGGUCAAGGCUUUGUAUGUUUUUUUGUCUUUGUGAUGCAUUAAUGAGUAGUCCCUUUAACUACCUGCUUAUCAAAACUCACACAAUGUUUACAUUUUUACACAUGCAGCAGUGACGUCAAGUACCAAACACCGACCUCAUCGGGUUACCAAAGUCAAUUUAAAGCAGUUAUUAACAUGGUAUCAUGGCGCCAUUACGAACAAGUCCUCUGUCAUGUGCCUUCAUCAGAAAUCAGUGUGAAUGGCAUUUAGAAUGUAUUAAACAAUGAUGGGAAAAUGAGUUUUUUAAUACCGUAAUGAAGCUUGCACAAGAGGAAACGACUACUGAUACUGUCAUCACGUUUAGUGCACAACCUAAGCAGUAUAGAUCUGUUUUAUAUGGUUACUAUUUCUUCUGUGUGUGUGUGUGUGUUGAAAUUCUAAUUUUCUAUGUGUUGUUUGUCUUAUGUUCAGAAAUAUAGAAUAUUUACAGAAUAUUAUAAAUGAGGCUUUCUUUUCUUGUGUUUGCACUUUACAAAAAUCUGUUUUUCACACUUUGAAUGUUGAUUGUGUUUCUUGUUCCAGUUUUUGGUUGUUGUUUUUUUUGGGGUGAAUAAAUAUUUUAAAAUCC